CAUGGAGGAAUUGUUGCUUCUUAUCUGCGGAACAUCAUUCUAUUCUUCUUCGUUUUUCAUUACGAAGCAAACUUUGUUUGGAUUAUUUAAAAAGAGACUCACUGAAGCAGACAUUGUUACAAUAAGUGAAAAGGUUGUAAAUGGCAUUCAUGGUAUAGUGUCUGUUUACAUUGGUGCUACUAUAUCUUCUCAGUGUUAUGAUGACAUCUUGUAUAGCAGCUCCUGGCUGACCAAUGCAUUUACCUGGUUUGCACUGCCCUACUUCAUCUAUGACCUUGUGGUGAUGUAUCUAGGUCAUCUGUUGACCUUUCCCGAUGUACAGGACAUGACCUUUCUGGAUAGGAUUCAACACUUUGUCCUCCACAACAAACUAAUCACUGUGCACCAUCUCGUACUACCAGUGAUAUUCUUUCCAGUUAUUGUGUUUCUUCGUAGAGGUAUGGGUGAUUUCUUCGUUGGGGUGUUCUUCCAAAUAGAAAUUUCCCUCCCAUUUAUAGCAGCACGGAGCAUUAUGGUUCAGCUCCAGAUGAAACACACUGUGCUGUAUGUGGUCGUGGGUAUCGUGAUGAUAAUAACAUUCUUUGUGAGCCGGAUUCUGGUAUUCCCCUACCUGUACUGGCGGUAUGCAGUGUACAAAAAUAUAUCCACGUGGAGAGUGCCUUUCUUUAUUCCAUUAAAGUGUAGCACUGGUUGUGCCCUCAUUCUCUGCCUCCAGUUGUAUUGGAUGUCCAAGAUGAUCAAAGGUGCCAUGAAGCUUUUAUAUAAGCUGAGGUCAGGUAAAAGGCCGUCCACCGAACAAACUAACUGUGAUAGAUUUGCCACUGAGAAGAUGAGCUGAUUUGAAAUACUGCACACUCUGAUCUUUGUAUAUAAUUAUGAGGUAAUCA